CCCUUCUGGGGCAUGACGAUGGCCAAAACCCUUAGUGACCACCUUCUCAACACCCUGGAAGAGCUGGUGCCCUAUGACUUUGAGAAGUUCAAGUUCAAGCUGCAGAACACCAACCUAGAAAAGGAUCACUCCCGAAUACCCCGAGGCCAUCUCCAGCUGGCCAGGCCAGUGAAGUUGGCCACUCUGCUGAUCACCCACUAUGGGGAGGAGUACGCUGUGCGGCUGACCCUACAGAUCCUGCGGGGCAUCAACCAGCGCUUCUUGGCAGAGGAACUCCACAGGGCCACCAGCCAGGACUAUUCGAUACCAGAAAGUGGCACUGACACUUCGACAUGGUCCUCUUCUCGGGAGAAUAAGCCAAAGAGCUUAAGAGAAUCAAACGGCCUUGAAGUUGAUGGGCAGCCACAGCAAAGCGGGGAUGUGGUGUCCAGCCUGCAGUCUACCCAACAUGAGAUGGGGAGAGCAGCCCAGAAAAAGUGUCAGAGCAAGCGGAAGGACCCGAAGGUCCCUGAGGACACACAGAGCAAGCCAUCGGCCAGGGUCCCAGGGCCAAACUCAAAGAGAAGCCCAGGCCCCACUCCCAUGGCAGGGGACACGGAGAGGAAGGAGAGUGGCCAGCUCCGCAGGAAUGCCAGCUCCGCAGGGAGGCUCCAGGGGCUCUGCAGUGGGGCCUUGGGGAGGAAAGACUCCAAGAAAUCUGAGUUGUACUUACCUUCGGGAAAGAAGCGUCCCAAAAGUCUUGAAAUUCCCAUUUCAUCAGGAGGGGGAGAACCCCCAAACCCAGAAAUUCUUCUGCCUCAAGAAGAAACUCAACAGGAGAGAAAUGCACAUUCAGAGUCAGCAGCCGCCCCUAAGGGAGAAGUCAGUAUGGAUGGAGAGGGUCCAGCGGCUCAGGAGGGCUCUAGGAACCCAGAUUGUUCCGUAGUCCUGGAGAGGAGAGCAUUCAAGAACACACUUCCCAAUGCACUAUCAGCUGGAGAGAAGAAAUGCACAGCAUCGUGGGAGGAAAAUGGAAUUGGGGGACCAGAGGCCCCUGGCCCCCUGGUGAAGAUGACUGGCAGUGUAUGUCACAAGUCUUCAAAUCCAGAAGUCACUUCACCUUCAGGGAAGCCAGAGGAAGAGACUGCAUGUCAUGCAGGUGGAGACCUGCAUGAUGACAUGUGUAUACAUGGCGCCUGCAGCUCCUCCACUGUUCCUAAGGACCCCCAGGCCACAGGAAGCCAUCCCUCCAGCUGCCCUCAGUGCCAGGCCUCCCUCACAAAGAAAGGCUCUGGAGGGCUGAGCUCCCAGCCCCCGCCACACUGUCAGCACCACAAGCAGGUACAGCUGCUUUUCUGUGAAGACCACAGGGAAGCCAUCUGUCUCAUCUGCAGGCUGAGUCAGGAGCACCGAGGCCACUGGGUGCGCCCCCUCCAGGAAGCUGCCACAGAAUACAGGGAGCAAAUUCAGAAGCAGCUAGAGCAUCUGAAGGAGCUGAGGACAUCUGGGGAGGAGCAGAGACGGCAGGGGGAUAAGAAGACUGGAAACCUCCUGAAACAGACUGAAACCCAGAAGCAGAAAAUCAGACGCCACCUGGAGAAGCUCUCGUGCUUUCUGGAGCAGCAGGAGCAGCUCUUUGUGGCCUGGCUAGAGGAGCUGCACCAGACCAUUAACAGGGCCUGGGGGACCUAUGACACCCAGGUGUCCCAGGACAUCCACAGCCUUGAUGAACUGAUUGGAGAACUAGAGGCCAGAAAGGACCAAUCAGAAUGGGAGCUCAUGCAGGACAUUGGAGUCACUUUGCAGAGGGCAAGGGCGAUGACAAUCCCUAAGCCAUGGACCACACCUGAAGAUAUGAAAGAAAAGAUCCACUUGCUCCACAAGAAAUCAGAGUUUGUGGAGAAGAACAUCCAACACUUCUCUGAAGCAAUACGUUCUGAAAUGGAAACAUUCAACGUUCCAGAAUUGACUGCUGCCCAGGCACAUGCUGCUAGUGUGAUCCUGGAUCCAGCAACUGCUCACCCCAACCUCAUCUUCUCUGAUGACAUGAUGAGCGUGAGACUUGGAAAUAAGUGGGACCGGCUGCCUGACAGCCCAGAGAGAUUCGACAGCUGCAUCAUCACCCUGGGCUCUCCUAACUUCAUCUCUGGCCGCCAUUACUGGGAGGUGGAAGUUGGAAACAAGACGGCGUGGGUCUUGGGAGUGUGCCGAACAUCCACAAACAGGAAGGGGAGCAUGACUUUAUCACCAGAGAAUGGUUACUGGGUGGUGAUGAUGAUGAAGCGAAAUGAGUACCAAGCAUCCACCAUUCCGCCAACCCGACUGAAAAUAAGAGAGCCCCCAAAGAGGGUUGGCAUCUUCCUUGACUACACAGCUAGAGACAUUUCCUUUUAUAAUGUGACAGCCAGAUCCCACAUCUACACAUUCACUGGCUUCUCUUCCUCUUGGCCCCUUCAACCUAUCUUCAGCCCUGGGACACAUGAUGGAGGGAAGAACAUGGGUCCUCUGACUAUCUGCCCAGUGGGUGGCCAAGGGCCUCACUGAAUGCUCAGCGUUGCACCUCCAUUCUGGCUUCUGACCUUGUAUUUGCAUUCAACAGUCACUAACUGCAUACCUACCAGGUUGGCUCUGUGCACCAGUGGCU